GGGGGCGGGCUGGGGGCGGAGCGCCGGGCGGCAGCGGCUCUGGCUCGGGCUCGGGCUCGGGCUGGGGCUGGGGCUUGGGCUCCAGCUCGGGCCCUGCACCUGUGACUCGGCGGCGCUGCUCCUCCGCUGCCCCAUGGCCCCGUCCCGGCUGCAGCUCGGCCUCCGCGCCGCCUACUCGGGCUUCAGCUCGGUGGCCGGCUUCUCCAUCUUCUUCGUCUGGACGGUGGUCUACCGACAACCGGGGACUGCGGCGAUGGGGGGUCUCGCAGGUGUCCUGGCCCUGUGGGUCUUGGUGACCCACGUGAUGUACAUGCAGGAUUACUGGAGGACCUGGCUCAGAGGGCUGCGGGGCUUCUUCUUCGUGGGUGCUCUCUUCUCCACAGUCUCCGUUUCUGCCUUCUGCACCUUCCUGGCGUUGGCCAUCACCCAGCACCAGAGUCUCAAAGACCCCAACAGCUACUACCUCUCCUGUGUCUGGAGCUUCAUUUCCCUCAAGUGGGCCUUCCUCCUCAGCCUCUACGCCCACCGCUACCGGGCUGACUUUGCAGACAUCAGCAUCCUUAGUGAUUUCUGACCCAGGGAAUGAGGUCACUGCAGCCUGGGGGAGGGCCUCGGGGUCUGGACUCUGCUUCUGAGUCAUCAACGGAGCUCACCCCAGCCCCUGGGGACUCCAGAACCGUGGUGGAGUUUACGGGCCAGUUCAGUUUCCCAAAAAUCUGUCUGGACCCCUUUUGGGGACGACCUGGAGCUGAUAAAGGGGCACUGCCAAUCUGCCCGUUAGCCCAGCUAGAGGGCAGCUUAGACCUUUCCAAAUGGAUUUAUUUUCUUAGCACUCUGAGGAUCUUUGCAAGUAGGGCCGUGACAAUGAAUUCAAUGGGUAGGAUUGAAACUGUGGCUAGUGGCAGGGGCUGGGACAGGCUUCCUUGCUACCCCAGACUUCACUGAAGCUGUGUGUGUGGGAGGCAUCAAAGGUCUGGUCAAGUGAGGAAUCUCUAGUACAGAUGUCCAUCCCAGGUCUCCCACCCUAUUGUCCUCAAAGGUCGGGUAGCUAAAUUCAUUGAUCCUUAGGGAAGUGACAACUGGCUCUUUCUCUGAGCAGCGUAGUUGGACAGAAUCCAGCGUCUGUCCCUCCUACCUUCCCAUCCAGAGUUUGUUUCCCACGAGGGUGCUAGCACCAGUCAACCAUUCCCGUGUGUCCCACGUGCACACAUGACCACAUACACCAGAGCAGGACUCCUCAGAUGAGGCUAGACUUGAGGACCACAGGAAACAUCCCUGCACCUAGAAGGGCUUUGGGAUCGGGAACAACCUGGUGGGGGCAAGUGGGACCUCCCCAUCUGUACUGAGGGUCUAGCCUUGCACAUCACCUGCCCCUCACUGCACAAGACCACCCUGACCCUGAGGACCUUCUCCCUGCACCAGACCCCACCUUUGACCUUUCACCUUCUCUCUCUCCUGAAGGAACUUUUCUGAGUAGACACGGGGCCCAAGGCCUUACCCAAGUGGAGAGGGAAGGCAGGGGCUGCUACAUGUAUCCUUCUCUGGUAGGUUACCAUUUUGCACGUCUGCUUUUCCACAUGGGCACUGCCCCCAGCUCUCUGCCUUACCCGUGUCAUGAGCACUUCAGCGGAAAUACAGCGGCCAUUUUAACCAGCCUCAGGGUGUUUCUUUGUGGGUGGGUGGGGUCUUGAGAGGGGACAGGACUGGGCAAGACAGGGACUCUAGCUAUCUGAUCAUCUCACUAACUUUGGGGCUACUGGGCAGCCCCUCCCCCAUCUCUGGUCCCUCUUGGUUAUCCCUGCACCCUAAGCCAAGGUAGAUGGGAAAGGGAAUCUUGGGGUUCCAAGGUACAUGGUGACCAGGAUGUGCAGAUUCAGAACCAGAAAGGCAGGAGCUAGCACCUCCCUCUCACGCUGGGCUAGCAUAUGCUCAAAACAUGGCACUUCAGAGCAGGGAGGAACAAGGAACCAAGUCUAUUUCUAGAGCCUUAUACUGGUAGAACCCCCUACUGAUACAGGAGGCAAAGACUUUACUGACCUCCGGGCUAGGACUUAAGCCCAGGUGUGUCUGCUUCAUGACCUUUUUGGGGUGUCAUGGCAAACUGAACCUGAGAUCUUGUUCCCGAAUCCCACAGGCCCAAUGUAUAAGGCUCAGGCCGGGGCCAUCUCCUUUUUCUCCUGGGUUGGUGAGCACAGAUUUGGAGUGGUUUCUUCCCGAAUGCAGCAGCCAUAGAAGGAUAAGGGGCUAGAGCAUCUGAGUUCGGCCCAGACUUGUCGCUUUUCCCCAGCCCACUGAAGGAUGCUGGGUGCACACCCACCCCACUGACGAUGUCCCACCAACACCCAGGAGGUGUUCUCCCAAGGACUUUAAAGCAAAUAAAACAUAUGUUGUUCAGAA